AUUUGUUAGUUUUUAGCAAUCCAUAAUAUUAACCCUCCCCACCCUCGCGAUCCGUUGAUCAGGUAUUGCUGCCCGGAAUGUAUAUAUCCCAGCCCAUGUCGUGGCACAAAAUCAGCACAGACUCCGAAGAUGAUAUCCACGUGACCAAUGAAGCCUCCUUGGGAUCGGCCGAGUCCACGGUGGAAGAUGUGCCGGCGGACAUUGAUCAGGCGGUGGUGGGAACAGCUGAACUGACCACUGAACCUAUGGCCUUUCUGCAGGGAUUAAACUCCGAAAAUCUGAUGCAGUUCAGCCAGCAAUCCGUGCUGCGCGAGAUGAUGCUGCAGGACCUCCAGAGCCAGGUGAACACGCUGCCCAAGCUGGAGAACCACAACAUCGGUGGCUACAACUUCAGCAUGGUUCUGGACGAGCCGCCCAAGUCGCACUGGAUGUUCUCGGUGCCGCUGAACAAGCUCUACAUUCGCAUGGACAAGAUCUUCAAUGUGGACGUUCAGUUCAAGGCGAAGAUGCCCAUCCAGCCGCUCAAUCUGCGUGUCUUUCUCUGCUUCACCAAGGAUGUGAGCGGUCCGGUGCUGCGAUGCCAGAAUCACCUCAGCGUAGAGCCAGUGACCAGCCAGAACGCAAAGAUGCGCGAGAGUUUGCUGCGCUGCGAGAAUCCCAACAGCACGUACUGCGGAACCGCACAGGGCAAGGGCAUUUCGGAACGCUACUCCGUGCUGAUUCCCCUGACCAUUUGUCGCUCUGGCAACCGGAGCGGCGGCCACGUGCGCCAGACCCUGGCCUUCAAGUUUGUCUGCCAAAAUUCGUGCAUUGGUCGAAAGGAGACCUGCUUGGUCUUUUGUCUGGAGAACCCAAGUGGCGAUAUCCUGGGUCAGCAGGUUAUGGAAGUCAAAAUCUGCACGUGCCCGAAACGGGAUCGUAACCAAGACGAACGCCAACUGAAUGGCGUCAAGAAACGCAAGACCGUGGCGGACGCCACCGAUGAAGAUGAGCCGGAUGUAAAGCCAUCGAAGCUGCGUCGGCGCACAGGUUCGUAUAAGAAUGAUAUUAAAAAGGAGGAGACGGAGAGCAACGACAGCCACGAGGCCGACACCAUCACAGAUUGGAACGUGUCGCGCAAUAAGAACGGCGAGUACCGUCUGGCCAUUACCUGCCCCAAAAAGGAGUGUCUGCUGCAGAGCAUAGAGGGCAUGAUCAAGGAGGCGGCAGCUGAAGUGCUUCGCAAUCCCAACCAGGAGUCUCUUCGUCGCCAUGCCAAGAAGUUGUUGCACCUGAAGAACUGCGCCCAUGAGCUGCCAUGACUCGAGGGCUACUCUACGUUUCUACUACUCUAUUCCUAGAAUCAUCAGACACCUUGCAACUGCGAGGUAUAGGUAUACAUCUCUUCAGUUGUUUGCUUGUUAGGUGUUUAACAGUGAUAUUCCUAUACGAUUUUGGCAUGCGUGAAUAGGCCAGAAUGAAAAAUGUUUUAUAUUUUUGAUAAUAUUAUACUGAUGUUAACUACGAUUUAAAGGAGAUAUGUAAGUUAUGUGUAACACAAGAUUGAACUAUCCAUACUCUGUACAAAUAAGCCAAAAGUUAAGUAAUUAAAGAGUGGCCAUGUUUUACCAGCA